UCUUCCCGCCCGGGCGCCGUUCUCCGUCUCCGGGACCAGGCCAGUCCUCGAGACUUCGCCCCCUUCUCCCCCGGAGCUCCGGCAGUCGGGCUGCGCCUCACGGCCCUUCGUCCUCGGCAGGCCCGGGCCGGCAUCUCGCACGGUGCCUGUUGCCCACGGCAGCAGUGACAGAGCAGCGGCUUGUCCUCGGAGGGGCUUUGCUCGACGCGCAAACCCCCCGUCCCGGGAACGUUCUUCUGUCGCCACCCAGGGGCGAGGGCACUGCUCAGCUGGUGCCUGCUCACUCCCCUUUCUCAGGACAAGGGUCCGGCCUGCCGCACAAGGAGGAACCCCUUUACUUUCUCCCAGCUUCUCUCGGUGAGACGGCAGCCUCCUGGCCUACUGUCCUGUGAGUGCUGCCCACAACGUUGACUCUAUGAUUCUAUGACCUUACCAGCCAGCUGCUCACCUGACAUCGCUGUGUGGCUUCAGCUGAACCAUUUCUCACCUCAGUGAGUGGCCUCUGGCUGCCCUUAUCUCAGUACUACUCAACACGGAGCUACAAAGGCUGGUACAAAGUGCCGCUGGUGGCCAGAGCUGUCCGAACACAGCUCCAGGUUCUGCUGUACUGGUGCUGUGAUUGCCUGCCUGGGCCCGGUGUGAGCAAGUGCACUUACAGUCCAGGAGGGAGCUGGGUUAGGUAAGCAGAGCCAGAUUGAAGCUGUCAGCGCUGUGCUUGCAGACAAACUGGAUUUGAUUUGUGCCACGGUGUUUGCAGUAGUGACACACCGAAGAGACCUGAAGUAAAGGUUUCUCAUGAGAAGAUCUGUACUCGCUUCAUCCCUCCGUUGGAAUAGUGGCUGGUUCAAUCAUUGCAGGAGCUAAAGCAGGCUGCAGACAUGGCAGAUGAGGACCUUAUUUUUCGUAUGGAAGGGAUUGAUAAUGCUAAAUCUACUCCAGUGAAUGCUGCAAGUUAUCUUGAUGCUGACAGUGAUGAUGAAGACAAUUAUUUUAUCUGUCCAAUAACUGAUGAUCCAGUUUCUAACAAGUCUGCCAGUCUCAAAGCUGACAAUUACUAUAUCAACUUAGCAAAAACUGAACACUACAGUUCAAGCUCUUCUCCUAGAAACUCAUUUAGCUUUAAGAAUGACACACAGCAUCGUUCUAAGCACGGCUCUGUGGUUGACCAUAGUCGGGAAACCUGGAAACAUGCUAUUGAGAAAGCUAAGCACAUGCCUGAUCCAUGGGCAGAAUUUCAUCUUGAGGACAUUGAGACAGAACAUGCCACUCGUUACAGGUACAAUGCAGUUACUGGGAACUGGGUUGAAGAUGAAGUCCUCAUCAAGAUGGCAUCACAACCUUUUGGCCGCGGAGCAAUGCGAGAGUGUUUCAGAACGAAAAAGCUGUCCAACUUCUUGCACACACAGAACUGGAAAGGUGCCUAUAACUAUGUUGCCAAGCAAUACAUAGAGGCCGUGGGCAGGGAUGUCUAUUUUGAGGACGUCCGACUUCAGAUGGAAGCAAAACUCUGGGGAGAAGAGUACAACCGGCACAAGCCACCAAAGCAGGUGGAUAUUGUACAGACCUGUAUUAUUGAAAUGAAGGACAGACCUGGAAAGCCUCUGUUUCACCUGGAACAUUACAUUGAGGGCAAAUAUAUCAAAUACAACUCCAAUUCUGGAUUUGUGCGAGAUGACAACAUUCGUCUUACUCCGCAAGCCUUUAGUCACUUCACCUUUGAGCGCUCAGGACACCAACUCAUUAUUGUUGACAUCCAAGGAGUUGGAGACCUCUACACGGACCCUCAGAUUCAUACAGAGAGUGGUACAGAUUUUGGAGAUGGCAAUCUAGGUGUUCGAGGUAUGGCCUUGUUCUUUCAUUCUCAUUUCUGCAACAAGAUCUGCAAAAGCAUGGGGCUUGCACCAUUUGAUCUUUCAUCCAAAGAGAGAGAAGCCUUGGAUUAUAAUAAAAAAUUGCUUGAAUCUGCUCAAACAAUUCUCCGUGGCACAGAGGAGAAAUGUGGCAGCAGCCGGGUGAGAACAGUGUCUGGCAGUCGACCUCCUCUGCUCUUCCGCCUGUCUGAAAACUCUGGAGAUGAAAGCAUGAGCGACGUAGCAUUUGACUCUCUACCCUGCUCCCCUUCCUCAGCAACCCCUCACAGCCAGAAGAUGGACAUGCUGAAUUGGCCUGUGUUCAAUGAAGUAGAUAAUUUGGUUCACAAAGACUAUGAUCAGCUUGAUAACCAAAGGGAUUUUGAAAAUGGUGGGGACAGUGGAUAUCCCAGUGAAAAGAGAAGUGAACUAGAGGAUGUGGAUCAUAGAGAGAAGGGCCAUUCAAACAACAACCGAAGACACGAAUCGGAUGAAGACAGUUUGGGAAGCUCUGCAAGGAUCAGUGUGGAGAAAUGGAAUCUUUACAACUCUUCCAGAGUCCACAUCCACAGGCCAUCCUGUGUUGCCCAGGAAAUUCAGAGGCUUAAUGCUCUAGAACUUGAAAAGAAAAUUGGAAAGUCAGUUCUUGGAAAGGUCCAUUUGGCCUUGGUUCGCUAUCAUGAAGCUGGGCGUUUCUGUGAGAAAGACAAGGACUGGGAUCAGGAGUCAGCCCUGUUUCACCUGGAGCAUGCUGCAGACUGUGGGGAGCUGGAAGCCAUCGUCGGGUUAGGACUCAUGUACUCUCAGCUGCCACAUCACAUUCUUUCCGAGGUCACUCUGGAGGACACAAAGGAGAACAGAAAUAAAGGAUUUGACUACUUAGUGAGAGCAGCAGAGGCUGGAGACCGAUCUUCCAUGAUUCUGGUAGCAAGAGCAUAUGAUACAGGUGUAAAUCUUGGUUCAGACAGAGUACAGGACUGGAAGGAGGCACUGCACUGGUACAAUGCUGCGCUGAACAUGACCGACUGUGAUGAGGGAGGUGAAUAUGAUGGCACUCAGGAUGAGCCCCGGUAUCUGCUCCUGGCCAGGGAAGCAGAGAUGUUAAUGACGGGAGGCUUCCAGCUGAGUAAGGAUCCACAGAGAUCAGGAGAGCUCUACACAGAAGCAGCAGAAGCAGCAAUGGAAGCCAUGAAAGGCAGACUGGCAAAUCAGUACUAUCAAAAAGCAGAAGAGGCUUGGGCAAUGAUGGAAGAAUAACUCUGCAAUAAGCAGUUCUUGUAUAUAACUUUUUGUAUAGACUUGCUGCAUUUGCAGCUAAAAAGUUAUAUUUUUAUGUGCUGUUACCAAGGGGUUUUUGUAUUUCCAUUUUCUAUUUUUUGAGGGGGGAAAUCCAAAUUGCAUCUACCCUGUGGAGGGUACCACACCAAACUUCUGCUGGUGUUUUUAAGCUGUAAUGCAGACACCUGACAUUUUGGAUGUUUUUUAAACUGUUGGAACUGAGGAACAUAGCUUUUCGGAUGAAAAAUGAAGCUGAGGUUUGUUUGGGUUUCACAUGUUCUGGGUUUUUUUAUGCAGCAAAUGAUCUGUGUUUACAUUUUUCUUCUCCUCCCUACAUGCAGAAAAAUAUUUUGGUAAAUUCUCAGCAUUUCUUCGUUUUUGGUGUAUCUCACCAAAUCUGCAUGUGAUUGUCAAUUUCCAGUUUAAGCAUGCAGCUGCUCGUCUUGUUAAGUGAUGCCAUUCUGUUAUGCUAGUGUUACCAGGCACUUCACUUAUCCUCUCAAAUUCCAGAUCAAAUCCUAGCAACCUGAGGAAGAUCAGGAAAGAUGCUUCAGAUUGGCAGUGAGGAUAUUCAGGGUGGAAUAUGUUUCAUUCAUGACCAGCAUUGCAUAUUUAAGCAUCAGAAACUCAACUGAUGCACCUGAUGAGUUGAGGCAUCCAGCUACCUCCCUCAUUUUCACGUUUUGCACCAUGUAAGAACCUCAUUAUAUGGAGUCCUACUGACCUUACCUGAUGUUUGUGUGACAACCUGUAAUAUAUGGAUAAUUUGAAGUUAUUUGGACAGUGACAUCUCAACUCUCAGUGAAACUAUAUCAUUUCACUUAAAAAUGAGAAUACACUUUCCACCAUUUCCAGAGGGAUGACUGAAAAGGUUAGAGGAUGUUGAUUCACUUAUUUCUAGUACAGAAAAUAAUUUAUCUAGUUUAAAUAGCUUUUAUCUGCAGAUGUUUCAAACACCAGUUAGAGAAAAUCGAUGGUUAAAGAGAGGAAACAGUGUGUUGUCCCCAAACACUUGAAUUUCUGUGUCCUGUUUGCAUAAUCCUAACCAGUAACGGGAGGACAAAUGCAUGGUGGUUGUUGCGUUACCAUUGCAUAGAGAUAAGUUUCUUCUAAAGCCAGUAUUUAUUCCAAAGCUGCAGUGCCAGCUAUAUGGGUAGUAGAGAAGCUGUACUGUGCUUGUGGUUACUGGUCAUUUUGCAGCAAGACAAAGAUGGAAGCGUUUUUGUCUUCUUGGCCUUGCAGUCUCUUGAGGAUGUAAGUCGGUAUGAAUCAGGAGCAACCCCUGUGAAGUGUUUGCUAGCCUUGCUUUAGCCAAGCUUUCAAAAGUAUGCUUAAAACUAAGCAGGCUGCUAGAUGAUGCUGUUGGUUUCACUGAGACUUCCUGCAUGUACAGCCAAGUAUACUGAUGUCUUGUAAAAUGUUGCUCUUUCGCUGCGCAAGUGCCUGUUGCUGGGCUCUGAAGUUGUGCUCCCCACUUGCUCCGUCUGGCACGUGCACCUUGAGUUGUUUAAUCAAUAUCUAAGCAUGACAUCAGUAACAACUGCAACUGUCUGAAAGAGGUGUCCUGGUGGUUAAGGAGGUGAGAUGGGAAGAUUUAAGUCCUAAGAGACAAUGAAAAGUUACCUCUAGAUGGCCUACUUAUGGGUACUUACCAGGACCACCAGGUAGUUGUGGUGUUGCAAUACACGGCUGCAUCUUCAUGCUGUGUAAUGCAGGAGAUGUGGGAAAUUAGUGCAUGUGGCCUGUUUGCUUCAGUUUCUGUUUUAAGAGCAAAGGUGAAGCUCUUCUGCCAUUAAUGGAGGAAUGCUUAAUUUCUAGAUCUCUGUUUGGCUUAGGUAGAUGUUAAGCUAGGUACUAAAAUAACCAAGGUUUUAGACCUAAUAUGCUGAGCUAGAACAUGUUUGUAAGAUUGCAAGUCGGAUGGAUGCUUUAAGUACCUAUCCAAACUUCUGCUUUAGGUGCCUAAAGCCUCUUCUGGAUGUGGCCUUUUUGCUAUUUUCAGUUCAUAGCAUUAAAAUAUCACUCUCAGUGGAAGGUGAAUGUGCUUCUCACCAUUGAGGUCAGCUGAAGAGUGUUUUGUGCAAUGUAGGCACUAUAACAAACUCGGUCAAAAUGAUUUGGUUUCCUCACAAGGUGUCAGUGCCAAGUCUUUUGGGAUUUUCCCUGAAGGAAGCAUGUGUAACAACACCACCCAUUCAGGGAGCUGGGGAGAUUGAGCAUGCUCACCCAAAAUGUGUACCUGAGGGAUGUAUUGACAUUGUUGGUGUAGUUCAAUCUGCUAAGUUCAGUAGUUGCUGAAGCUGCUGACAGUCCUCUCUAGAUCUGGUAUGUAAGUGUGCAUGCAGCUCAGUGGGGAAAGUUCUGAUUCUUUUCCUGCAAAUACUGUUCUUUUAAGUGCUAUAGAUUACCUUCUAUCCUAAGGUGAUACCCUGUUGUUUAGCUCCACUAACUAGAACUGUCAAUAAUUUGAAACCAGAAAUCGUUUACAGAAAUAUGCACAACUUGUACCAUGCCCUUCUUUUGAGGAUACUUUUUGGAUGAUACUGCCACAUGCUGUAUUUUUGAUUUUUUUUUUCACAAUGAAUAAAUAAAAAUCUGUAUUUUUAAAACAUGUGAAAAGAAAUCUGAGGCUCAACCUGCUGGAACUUAGCCUGGGUUCAGUGUUUCCAGAUGUCAGCGGGAAUACCUCAUCACUUGGUCCUCUCAUUCACUUCAGUUUCAUUCUGGCUGUCAAUAAAGUUGUUCUUGUCAUUUUUCUCAA